AUGGGCAAGAACAAAUCGAAUGAUCGUGGCCGGCGCCACACGAGUGCACCCACACUUAAAACAAAAGAGCCUUUGGAUUUGAUCGAUCUCACCCAGACCGCCCCCCGACCUGAACGUCCAAAGCCUGUGGUCUCGAAACCAACCGUCCUCACACCCGCUUUUGGUCCAAAACCAUGUACCGUUGCCGUUCCCCAAGAUCCAAAACCGAAUCCGGCGUACAUUUUCCAACGACUCGCCUUGACCCGAACCCGUGCAAACAUGCGGCCCUCAUUUGCCCACACCGUCCAGGCGAAUAAAGAGGAUAAUGUCAAAGAGGGAGAUGUUGAUCGAGACGAUACACCCACGCCCAGUCACAAGGAGCUGAAGGAGAAGAAAAAGAGGACAUACGAAGAAAACGGUGGCGAGAAGAGGUCCAAAGGAAAAGAGAGCGUGAAGAAGUCUGAGAAGCUCCAGACUAAGGUAGGCGAGGAAAGGGAGGGCAAGGAGAAGCCCAAAGAGAGAGAAAAGUCCAGGGAUAAGGCAGACAAAGGCCGUGAGAGCAAGGAGAGUCAAAAGGAAAAGAAGCGGGAGGCUGCAAACAACGAGUCUCAGACUGAGAAGAAAUCUCGAAAGCGAAAACGAGAAGGGGAUGAGGAAGAACAGGACAACGAGUACAGCGUCGAAGUCGAAGCCAAUGCCAUUCUAAAGCUACGCGAAAGCCUUCCGACAGUGCGACUCUCCCGAGUGAGAAACAAGUUGAUCAAAGAGACGGGCAAGGCCCCCACCGAGGUGGCAGUCUUGCUCACAGCCGCGAAGGACACCAUCAUUGAUCUCGCGAGGCAGCAGGUUGUACAAACUGAGCGCUCGUACCAAACCAUUCAGUCCGAACUAUUGAGGAUGAUCAAGGAGCAAAAUGGGAGACUUGAGAGAUUAAAAGGUCGUGCCAGGGUUUCGGUGGAGGUGAACGAUAAUACUUCGGUCGAAUCUAGUGAUGAUGACUGCGACGAAGACGAUGAUGAGGAUGAGGACUUGAAUAUUGGGAGAUCUGCUAAAGGAAGACCUCGUGCCUUACCUUCCUGGUGA